AUGCGGCCCCUGACAGAUGAAGAAACCACGACACUGUUCGAGAAGCUGGCGCACUAUAUCGGAAAGAAUCUUGUGCAUCUGAUUGACCGUCCCGAUGACCCACAUGUUUUCCGUUUGCAUCGUGAUCGUGUGUACUAUGUGUCGGAAGCCAAUAUGAAAAUGGCCGUGUCCAUUGCACGACCUAAUCUCAUGUCUCUGGGGACCUGUUUCGGGAAAUUUUCCAAGACGGGCAAGUUCCGCCUGCACAUUACGGCUCUGGACUACUUGGUGCAGUAUGCUCGCUACAAAGUAUGGAUCAAGCCCAAUGGUGAGAUGCCGUUCUUGUAUGGCAAUCACGUUGUAAAGGCACAUGUGGGCCGCAUUACAGACGACACACCUGAGCAUGCGGGUGUCGUUGUGCUGAACAUGAGCGGUGUCGGCUUGGGCUUUGGUGUCACAGCCCGCUCGACCGCUGAUACGCGGAAUAUGGACCCGACCAACAUCAUCGUCUUCCAUCAGGCCGAUGUGGGCGAAUACCUUCGUGAUGAAGAAACGCUUUUCUAA